CAGUCCGCCAGCAAUCCGCAAUUGCAUCACCCUUGCAGCCCAUCCUGCGAGCCGCGCGAAGGCUGCCGUAUAUUACAGUGCAGUGUGGACUAUGCAGAAGUAGCAGACAAGCCACAAAAGUGAGGACCAGCCAUAAGUCAUUGUGAUGCUAUUCUGAAGCCUGAGUAAUAUAUCAGGAUGCAAGCAUAUGCUCUGGCCCAGCUGACAUUUGGUCCUUUUCGAAUUUGGCACCUUUUCCUGUCACAGUACAGGGCAUCAGGAACAGGAGGGGGCUUACAGGAUGGCAUUUUGCAGCAGCUCCCCAUCACCGCCACUGCCACCAGACCUGCCACUAGCCCCGAUCUUAAAAUGCAAAACAGUUUCUUGUGCAAGUUGGAUAUCCAGGUUCCAAGCCUCAUAGGGCUUUAAGCGGAGGAGGAAGAGGAGAGAAGAAGUGGAAAGUGGAAGGCACAAUUAGAGGAAACAGAGAUAAGCCUGGUAUUAAUUUUCCAAAUAGCCUCCACCUAAACUGAUCAAGAUGAUCCCAAAUAACUCUACAGACGAGACUAUUAAGAGAAUUCACGUUGAAUGUCCCUCACUGGGAAGGCACAGCUACAUGUUAAUUGUGAUUCCAACUGUUUACACAAUCAUCUUCAUCAUAGGUAUAUUCGGCAACAGCUUGGUAGUAAUCGUCAUUUACUUCUACAUGAAGCUGAAAACUGUGGCAAGUGUCUUUCUGUUCAAUUUAGCCCUAGCUGACUUGUGUUUCCUAGUGAGUUUGCCAUUAUGGGCAGCCAAUACUGCCAUGCAAUAUCGCUGGCCUUUUGGCAAUUGCUUAUGCAAGUUAGCUUCAGCUGCAGCAACUUUCAACCUAUAUGCCAGCGUGUUUCUCCUGACUUGCCUCAGCAUUGACCGUUACUUGGCAAUAGUGCAUCCAAUGAAGUCCCGGCUUCAGCGCACAAUGCUUGUUGCACGAAUAACUUGUAUCGUUAUCUGGCUAUUGGCAGCACUUGCCAGCUUGCCUGUUAUUAUUCACCGCAGUGUAUACUUCAUUGAAAAUGAAAAUAUAACGGUAUGUGCUUUUCGGUAUGAGACCCCUUCCAACACAACCAACAGCACAGUCAAAGUUGGAUUAGGCUUAUCCAAAAACAUGUUGGGAUUCUUGAUCCCCUUCGUGAUCAUUUUGACAAGCUAUAUUUUAAUCUGGAAGACCCUGAAAAAGGCAUACCAGAUUCAGAAAAACAAGACAAGAAGUGAUGAUAUUUUUAAGAUGAUUGUUGCAAUUGUGCUUUUUUUCUUUUUUUCUUGGAUUCCUCAUCAAAUAUUCACUUUUCUGGAUGUGCUGAUUCAACUCAGUGUGAUUACCGACUGCCAUAUCAUCGAUAUUGUGGAUACAGCUAUGCCCUUCACGAUCUGCUUAGCUUACUUCAACAACUGUUUGAAUCCCCUCUUUUAUGGCUUUUUUGGAAAGAAUUUCAGAAAAUACUUCCUUCAGCUCCUAAAAUACAUCCCUCCAAAUGUCAGACAUGCUAGUCUAACGACAAAAAUGACAUCUCUUUCUUAUCGACCUUCGGAACACUGCAUCCUAACUGCUCAAAAAAAUGGGUCCUUGGACACUGAGUGACAGCUUGGCAGAACAUGUUUUCUGCAGCCUAGUUGGCCAGCGCAAUGAUGCUCAUCCAGAGUCCCAACCACCACAGCUUAAAGAGUUAAAUCAUCUGAGACACAUUGUCCUAUGAAAACUAAGCAGUGGCCUCUCAUUUCAUAGUGUGGAGAGGAUAGUUGGUUGUUUACAGCAAGUGUUAAUGAAAGUAGGUAAGCAAUGGUGUUCAUCAUCAUCCUGCCUUUUAGUUCUGAAGCUCAGGAUGGUGGAAUAGUACAUGGCAGAGAUGGGAAGGUCUUCAAAUGUACUAGAAACUCAACGUGUGAUCCAGUUGCAUAUUUUAUUCUAUCAAGUCUCCUGAGAUUGGCUUUGAAUUUGCAUUGUGCAUAAGCAACUCUGAUCUUACCUUUCAGGGCCUGUUACACAGGAAUCAUAUGGAAGGCUUGUUUUCAGACUAAUGAAAGUAAAGUAAAAGUCAUGCUGUUUUUCAAGAAUGUGAAUUUAUAUGCCUUGUGUACUACUUGACUGUAAUCAAGAUCUACCUAUGCUACAUUUACGUAUAGACACAUAAAGUCCAUUCCAGGAUUGGUAGGAAACUGGGCCAGCAAACAUUUGUAGUGUUAUGAGGUUUUGAAAUAAGACAAAUGUGUACAUAUUAAGUAGAAAGACUCUGUGUUUGUGUAAAAUGUUUCUAUUUUCAGGUUAUAUUUCUUACAUGUACAACUAAAGGCAACACGUUCAGAACAUAAAAUUGUGUCAGCAUUUCAUUAAAGAGUGCUUCAUUCUAUAGAUAUCUUCCACUGUAUCUUCUGUGGAAUCAUAGCUAUUUAUGUUUAUUGAAGACAGUUGUUUUUCCCAAGAACAUGGCUCCUAUGCUACACAAGAGUUUUGAGAGCAGAGACCAUUUGUAUGGAAGAAUUGGGAGGGUCUUUGACACUUCCAAACAGGUGACUGGUGUUGUCAAACUUCACAAUUCUUACCCAGUCCAAAAUGGAGCACUGUGCACACGAUCCUGAGCAAUGAGACUUUACCCUAUGCAGCAUCCUUGGCAUCUGUGAGACUAAUCCAAAAAAGGAUAUUUAUGUGUGCAACCCUACUCCACCCUUUUCCGAUCCCCUUCCUGGGCAAACCCAGGUUGAUUGUUAGCUUGUCAAGCAUGUCAGCUAGGAGAAGCUACUGAUUUAGACCGAGGACAAAUCAGUGAACAUGCAUACACAUGUUAUUAACACAUGAAUUUAGGUCAUCAUAGGCCCCAUCUGCACUAUACAUUUAAAGCACUACCCCAACACUUUAAAUAGUCAUGGAGUCUCCCAAAGAAUCCUGGGAACUGCAGUUUGUUAAGGGUGGUGAGAGUUGUUAGGAGACCCCUAUUCCCCGUACAGAGCUACAAUUCCCAAAGUGGUUUAACAGUCAAUCCCUCUUCACAGGAACUCUGAGAAUUAUAGCACUGUGAGGGCAAUAAGAGUCUCUCAGGCUGCUUUCAGACAUGGAGCUUAAUGGAUUAGAAUGGUAGCACUACUGUCCUGAUUUCUAAAAUUCCUUUCACACUGCAGUAUCUGUUGUGGUAAAGAACAGUAGAUUAUAUACCAGUAUUUCAAUCAACUGUCUUUCACGUGGCUGUAAUCUUGUUUUUGUCCCUCAUUCUUUUAUACACAUGCAUACUAUAGUUCCCCACUGUGUAGGAGGUCUAAGAUCUCAUCCUGUCACCAUGCCACCCCUCUCCCUUUAGCAUUUGACAUAUUUUUUUUAGUUGGAUGGGUGUGUGUGGGAAAUGCUGCUGCUACCUGCGCCUACACCGGAACACCAGAGUACAAUUUUCAUUAGGCAAAAAAAAAGAGUACACACUUAAAGGAUGGGAACACACUGCAUGCUGUGAUACCUGUCAUGUGAGCAGCUGCAGCUAGUGAAAAAUUCUUGCAAUUUUCCAGGUCCCCAAGCUUGCAAAUGGAUUAUUUCUGGUAUUAUUUAUCAUGAAAAUUAGCGCUAAACUUGCACUGUAUUCCACUAGAAUUCCAGAACUAUUUGUAUGUCAUGUGAAAGAUAAUGUGCAAAUUACGAGGUAAGAAAUUGUAAAAAAAAGCACCUGAAUAACGUGCAGUAUGAAAACAGCCCUAAUGACUCUUAGCACCCUUUACAAACAAACAUAUCCCAGGAUUCUUUGGGGGAAGCCUUGACUGUUGAAGUGGCAUGAUACUGCUUUAAAUGUAUAGUGCAGAUGGGGCCUUAAUCUCAGGCAAUAGCAACAGUUUGGGCAUGUCCGCACUAGCCAGAUUUCAGUUGAUUUCUUUGAACACAUAGGUACUAUUCUUCUCAUCAAAAUCAGAUGAACACUUUGCUGAUGCCAUUGGCCAGUCCUGUAGCCAGCUUUCCUUGUUAGGUGGGACAGCCACAUUUCUAGGUGGGGCAUGGGGGGGAGAGGUGAGUGAAGUAUAACCUGUUGAAUCCCCCAGAACAGUGUGCAGGGGGAGGAUAGGGGAAUUGCUUGCACUGAAAGAACUAUCUCCUUUGCAAUACAUUUAAUACCGCCCAUUGUAUGCAGUCCAAAGACGAUCAUGCAUAAGUGACACUGCCAUACUUAAAAAAAAAAGUUAAAUAUGCCUGGGGAUGGAGGAGAAAUCUGACUCAGUUUGCAUUUAAAGGCAAAGCUACCUAAUUCACACUUUCCAAACCAAUAUGCAAACCAAAACACAGCCAUCCUUCAAAAUUCGCACUUCUCUGAAUUUUGCAAUGCAGUUCUUCAGCAAAGUAAUGUGAACAAAAAUGCAUAUACUGAGGGAAUGUGCGUAUUAAAAGAAAUUUGCACUAAAAUGGUAGCAGUGGUGAUGUGGCACUGCAUUAUCCCAUUGCAUCACAUUGCAUCACAUCCCUCUCCUCUCUCAUAAAUCUACACCAUAUAUUUAAAGCACUACUUUUUAACAAUCGUGACUUCCCCAAAGAAUCCUUGGAACCGUAGUUUGUUAAGGGUGCUAAGAGUUAAGAGACCCCUCACAGAGCUACCAUUCCGAGCACCCUUCGAAAACUACAGCUUCCAAGAUUCUUUGAGGAAAGCCAUGACUGUUAAAGUGGUAUAAGAGUGUUUUAUAUGUAUGGAGUAGAUGUGACCCAUUAGUGCUUUAAAGCAGCAGUGGAUAUAGCUCUGGCUCUGGCUGUCACUUAAACCAGCAAUCCAGUCCAACCACCAGUACCACCCAAAAUUGUGUCAUUCCGCCCCACAAUCUACCCAUACAAUUAUAAGGGGAGUGUAAUAACCCCAAGAUCCAGGGGCAAACCCUGAAAUUUAGAAAAAUGUUGCCAGCCCUAGUUCACACUACUGAAUUUCAUCAUGCAGUGAUGUAUACAGAACUAGAAGGUGGAGAAGAUGUGAACUAGAUGGCAGUCAUCAUCGGCUGGUAGCCACCUCUAUGAGCACAGUGGCUCAGGAAAGUUCAACUACAAUUACAGAAAUGACUGCUAUAUUAUAUGAUGAAUGCAUGAGAAAAUAAACCUCCUCUGCGUGCAGCCCCUGCACAUAGUCACUGCUAUUACCUAUAUAGCUCAUUAGCUACCAUCAUAAUUGCAGGUACUCAUGAUUACUUUCCAUUAAACACAAUGAGAUUUCCUCAUGGGUAAAGCAUGUUUUGAUUCCCCACCCCAUAUCUAGAGCACUUUUAGCCUCAAAUCAUAAUACAUUUCAUUUUAUUGUCGCCUUCAUCUCAGAGUUAAUAGAUGUCUCAUUUGCCAAUAAUGCAGCAAUGGCUUUUCCCAAUCCAUGCUACCGACAUAUUAUAGGUUGGAUCCAGAUUACCCAUGGGCAGAAGUCCACCCAUGGAGUUCUCAUGCUGGAGGAAGAGGGGAGCUGACUGUUGUUGAUUUUGUGCCACCUGAGAAGUUGGUCAGGGAGGUAGGGCAGUCAGGGACCUGCUGGAAAAGCCUGGGAGAUGGAGCUGGGGGAGGGGGGGAUUGCCAAAAAUCUUCUUCACCCCUUCCUCCUGUGAGAACCUCCGCUGGAUUUCCAUCCCUUUCAAAAAUGUAAGGAAACCUUCUGUUCAGGAAAUGCCAAGUCUGGAUCCAACCCAAAUAAUGCUUUUCUUUUCUGCUGGCAGAAUUCUUGCUGAAUUUGUAAAUAAAGAUAUUUAUUUCUAUUUAUUGUAUAAUAAAGCUUUAUCUGACUCAGGCUUCAUUUUCUCCCAUCUUGGAUUUAUUGUCCUUUAUCAUAAAGACAAAGUAUUGUGACUAAAUUACAAAAAGAUAUCACUUGCCUAAAGGAAUGUAUUUUUGUUAAUAUUGUGCUAGUGAUUCCACAACAGUGUAUGUUUGGAAACACUGAAAUUAGCACUCUGUUAAAGGCGUACAUGAAUUUCCUGUGGAUUUUACAUUUCUUUUAAUAGUUUCCUCUACAUGUACUGCAUAUAGGAACUGUCAGUGUUCAAUAUACCCAAGGUUAAAUUUCAUGUUGUAUCAAUGUGCCAUCAAAACAGUAUAUAAAAUUGUAACAUCUGUCGUUUCUUUUAUUUUGUGUUAUUUUGCUUUUUCAAAUUUAAAAUAUUCUGUCACAAAGCUGUCUAUCAUAUAGGGUCUAUGGGUGAUGAUAGUCAACUAAGUAAACGACUAACACUGAAUAUCGCCCUACAAGCUGUGAAAUAUAUUAUUCAUGUUAUACACUGAAAUAUCAAAGCAUCAUCAUAAUUGCUUUUCUAGGUAUAUUAGUAUGAGUCACAUAGUAAAUUACUCACAAAUAGUGUAUUUGCUGAAAUAAUCAGAUGUUCAGUCUGUGGUCAACUAUCAUUCUUUGGAAAUUUAUCAAGGAAGAGCAAUCAUGAUUCAGAGACCCACAUAUACUUUAGUGAAUGUUCUCUAUUUGCUGGCUUACUCAUUCACUUCAAUGGAGGCAUGGAAUUCUACUAUAAUCUUUCUACUAAAGUGAAUGGGAAAGGGAAGGAAUUCCAUCUAGCUGCCAGAGUCACUGCAAGUAAUGGAUCACUGGCUCAAAAUGUAAUGGUACACCUUCGCUUUCGGUUUAGUUGAGUUUGUUGCCAUUAGUUGUCAAGCAGAGUCAAAAUGAAUUUGGGAGUGCACAAGCAUUUUUGAAUUAGCAAAUUCACACAGAGUUGCUUGCUGCAAAAGGUGAGCCUCUUACAAACUCCUUAAUUAUACAUUAUAAUCUAAUGAUAAAGGUCAUGAGCCAUGAAAAUCACAGGUUUGAAAGUUGAAAUGUUUUGAAUUCUACAUUUGUGUGUAUAUUUGUUUUGGCAGUGAAGCACCAUAUUGACCCUGACAGCUUAAAAUUCAUUUCUUCACAUUUCACAUUGAACAUCCAGAUAAUAUCCAACUUAGUCCUAUUCAGAGUAAACCCAUUUAAAUUAAUGGACUGACAGAGAAGGGCUGCCAUUUUUAAGAUUAAGCCUACUGCAUGCAUCUUUAUGUAAGUACUUCUAUUAAAAGGAAUAUAAUUUUUUUAAAAAACAAAACUGUCCAGUUAUUGAGGGCAUCUGUUUAACCAAACAAAAACUUUUUAAUAUAGCUAAUUGAAUGUUUGUUGCAGAUCUGUUACAAGAGAUCAUGAGAAAUUGAUUUCAAAUAACCUUCACAUCCGUAUUUUAGUCCAUGGACGCAUACAUGCAGACUACCAGCCUACUAAAUCUAAUGGAGUCCACUAACCAUACAUUGUGGCCUUCCAGGUAUUUGACAUUUAUGUUUUUGCACUCCCAGGCAAGCAGCAACAACAGGGAGGGUUAUUAAGCCUUGCUGAACUGCUGCACAUGAUUGAUGGGCUGUGCUUGCCUUAGUAAGUCACCUGUUGAGUAGGCCUUGCAUAAUGCAAGUCAAUAUGAUCCCCACAGGGCCAGGCCCUGGGUUUUAGUAUGGGUUUUAGUCCAAACUUUCAAGGAGCUGUCCAAGGUGCUUUCAGCUCCUUGAAAGUUCAGACUAAAACCGAGAGGAGAUUCACUGCUCCACUGACAUUGGAGCUACCAGAUUCCACUGGGAAGAGGACGUUCCAUUGCAUGCACAGAAAUCCCUUGCUCCAGCAGAACUGGAACCUUGGAUAUGGUCCUAUAUUUUGGCAUAUUGUUUUAGCUAUGUGCUCUUUCUUUCUGGCCCUAACAAUAGAGUAAAUAUUUCCUGAUAUAGUGAAUUCCCCCAAGCUGAUAGGAGUUGUAGUUAGAGCUAGGAGCUGUUAUAAAGAUCUGUAAAACAGAUUUAACAGUCGCACGGGAGGCGGUUGACGUUUUGGUGUAUACCUUGGGAACCAGACCACCUAGAAACUUAAUUUUUUUAAAAUUGAAGCUGAGAGUCUGGAGAUUAAGGGGUGCUAGCCGGAGAACCGGAGGGGACUCCCCAAAACCAGAGACUCCGGCCAAAAGCCGGAGACCUGGUAACCCUAUCCCAGGUAAAUGCAUUGGAUUGCAGCCUUAAUUACAUAAUAAUUAUUGCCUCCCCAACCCCUUGUUCACUUUGCCCCACUGAUCAGAGAGAGAGAGAGCUUCCCUCUCCUUUUACAGGCAAGCUUCCAUUGUUCAGGUCUGUCCUGGGGCUUUUGUAUAUGAAUUCCCCCUCUCUCCUCCCCCCCUGCCUCCUCACCACCCCAGUUGUACCUGGGAAGCUCCUAAUAUUAUUUUCAUUGAUAUCUUGCUUUUUCUGUAAUGAGCUCAAAGAUGGUUCUUCCCCUCCUCAACACCCUGGUGAGGUAGGUUAGACUCAGAGACAGUUACUGGCCCAAGGCCACCCAGCAAGCUUCAUGGCUGAGCAGGGAUUUGAAACCAGGUCUGGCAGGAGGGCUUAGUUAUCAUGUGUAUCUUUAACUUGGAAACUUGUACAUUUAUGAUGCUUGGUGGUAACACAGCAUGUUCAGAGACUAAUCGUUUGUCCCUAGAAAGGCCCUUUUUACAGUCCUUCAUACAAAGUGCUAUAUUAGCAAUACUAAUAGCAUUAAAUCUCCCCCAGUGCUGUUUGUUUAUUCUGCAAAGGUGCUUCCUCUUCUUAGACAUUUUUAUGAGGGUUUCUAAUGGACUGAGGAAUGCUGGAGUAUUGUGUUGCAUCUGCAUUUAUUUGGGUCUACAGUAUCUGAAGGUUUCUCUGCAUGUAAGCCCUAUGAUGUGGAGGUAUCCUUUAGUGUCAUUUUUAGACACUAUACACACUUUUUAACAUAUAGGUGAAUUGUAGCUGAAUUAUUGUGAAUGCCUUUUUUUUUAGAAAUGGAAUUUUAACUUUUAAAAAUAGUAUUUGCUUAAAAGGACAGUCUUUAAUAUAUUGUUCUGUCCUUGGCUUGCCCUGGUGCUCUGAUAUAACAGUGCCACAUGGCAAUAAGGAGUUAAGAUUAAUUCUAGAAUGCCUCCUAAUAUCUCAGCACAGUUGAGUAAGUUGUGACUGCAGGGAAAGUGCCAUCACAGCAUCUGCCUUGCAUCCAGAAGGUCUCUCAGGUUCAGUCUCCAAUGGCAUCUCCAGAUAGGAGAGAUGCCAUCAGGGACUGAACCUGAGAGACCUUCUGGGAGAGACUCCUGCCUGAAACUCUGGAGAGCUGCUGCCAGUCAGUGUAGACAGUAUUGGACUAGAUGGACCAAUGAUCUGACUCAGUAUAAGGCAGCUUCCUAUGUGAGUAGAAAAUCCUCAUAGAGAAUUGAAAUUUUAUUUGAAGUGCUUUUUUCCCAAGAUCUUUGCAAAUGACAGGAAAGGAUGGCUUCAGCCUCUCCCACACACACAUUUUUUUGUCUGUGAAAACAUUAAAGUAGAGAAGUCAACAGAAACAGUGAAAAAUGAGAAUUAUUUCUCAGUACAUUUUGUGGAAGAUCCCAGGCUCUGAUACUAUUAAUAUAAUCUGCCUAUCAUAAGGAACUAAGGCCUACAAAAUAGGUACAUUUACCCCAACAAAUUAAAAUAAAUCAAAAUUUUGUAUUUUUAUUUUAUAAGAGAGGGUUGUGAUAUUGUCAAAGAUUUGUUUCCUUUGAAAGGAGUGGAGCCACAAGGGAGGAGGAAUGUGGUCUGAGGAGGAAAGGCAGGAGACAAGGACCCACUGAUGCCCUGUGCCUGAGGGCCCCCAGAAACCUGGAGCCAGCCCUGGAAGAAAUGUUCAGCUACUCCCCCUUCCCCUGCAGCCCCUUGUACCCCAAAACAAAUCUGCUCUGGAGGGUCUCUGGAGAAGAUUUAGAAAGGUGUGGGACUCCAGGAGGUAGGGGAAAUGGCUGGAAAUUCCUUACCACCAGCUGAAUGACACCAGAAAGAACAAGUAGAGGAAUAUCAACCCAAACCCAUAUAUUUUCCUCAAAGGGAAUGUGUGUAUUAUGUGUGUUGACUUUUUCUCAUAUGACAAAUGCUGUAAGAGAUUUAAACUGAGUAAUGUUCUUUUUCUAUCAUUUUUACAGUAGAAGGUAUACUAAUGCUUUGUUUUUCAAGCUUCUAGACUGUAGCUCCUCACUGUGAAAAUAUAAACCAUUGAUAAAAGCCAGCCGUUCCCACUAUGGAUCUGUAGGCUGGCUGAGAAAGAAUGUACAUUACUUGCAUAGUGCUCUUCAAUGAUAUGGUGUAAGCAUCAUUUCACAAUUUUAUAUGAGUUGUGAAUUUAUCAAAAUAAACACUGCUUGUUUGGAAACUGAGUAAGCCUUGUCAAGGAAACGGCUAUUAUUUCUGUAAAUCAAAAGGUAUCUAACAGCAUGCCACUGUGCAUAGUAUUUACAAAACUAUAGGCUAUUGUGAUGUAUCUUCUCUGUUCUAUUCAUUGGUGGCCUUAAAAAUGUUCAGA